AUGGCAUCAGAGGGUCGCUACAUACGGCUGCCCUCCGACGGCUCGCCUCGUCAGAAGACAUGCCAGGAGGUGGUGAGAAAGCUGGUUCCCAUUGUUGAAUGGCUGCCCGCGUACCACUGGAAGGAGAACUUGGUCAAGGAUGUCGCCGCUGGCGUCACGCUGGGGUGUGUGUUGUUUGCCCAGUCCCUGGCCCACGCAACCCUGUCAAAGGUCAGCCUGAUCACUGGGCCUUACAGCUGCUUGGUGCCUCCCGUCCUCUACUCUCUUUUUGGGACGUGUGUCUUGGCCUCCGUGGGAACAGGCGGCUUGGUGGCCUUGCUCACAGGCGAGCAGCUAGGCCAAUUGUCCGGCGGUGAGGAGAGGAGGACCCAUGCCAGCGCCAUCUUCACCUUGGAAGUUGGACUGGUCAUAUUCUUCAUGGGUGUAUUUCAGCUGGCUUUCCUGGUGCGGUUUCUUUCGAAGCCUGCACUAAGUGGCUUCAUCACUGCCAGCGCGAUCCUCAUCAUGCUGUCUCAAGUCAAGCCAGCCAUCGGCUUGCCAAAAACAGAUAUCGGAGGAAUCGUGGACAUUGUCUUCGUGCACCCGAAGGAAAUGCGCGAUGUGAAUCCUGCAACCAUCGUGUUCAGCGUCUGCACCUUUCUUUUCUUGCGCCUUGCCAAGAAUCUGAAGUCCAUGGGAUCCUGCCUUAAGAUGGUCGCUGAAUUCAAGGAGGUCAUCUUGCUUGUGCUUUCUGCGCUAGUUUGCAGCAGGAUUGCAGAACCCUAUGGCAUCGCUGUCAUAGGACACGUGCCAGAAGGCUUCCCUGCUCUGGCUUGGCCACUACAAACCAGCGACGACUGGCAACUUGCCAAAGACCUCUUUCCUGGAGCCGUGAUGCUGGCGCUGGUGAACUUCCUCUCAUCGUUUGCAGCUGCCAGAAAGUUUGCCAUGAAGGCAGGAUACCAGGUGGUGGCUGUCAAUGAGCUCCUCGCGCUAGGAGCGGCGAAUCUGGGUGGUGCCAUGUGCGGUGCAGUUCCGACACAGAUCGGCCUCAGCCGAAUGGCAAUCGCGAGCUCCAUUGGGGUGAAGAGCCAGCUAGGGGCAAACAUCUUUGUGGCCAUUGUGAUUGCCAUGAUACUGCUGCUACUGAGCCCGUACAUCUACUACGUUCCACGGUGUGCCCUGAACAUCAUCAUCAUCUUGGGGGCAUCCUCACUCACAGAGUUCAAUCACGCAGCCUGGCUUUGGUCCCUCCGGUCCACCCGCACGCGGCAGCGCACCUACGUGGUGGACUACGCUGUUUGGUGGGUGGCCUUUCUCUUCACGCUGUAUCUGGGUGCCCUGAAGGGCAUCCUGGGUGCGGUGGUCGUGUCUUUGGUGCUGAUCGUGUACCAGGUGGCCGACCCGCCCAUCACAACUUUGGGCUACUGCGAAGGUCGUGGGCGGUGGCUGAAUGUCAAGGAGAGGACAGACACGACACAGCGCCCGGGAAUCCUCUCAUUCCGCCCGGAGGGCCCACUCUUCUACGCGAACGUGGAGCGCAUGGAGGAGUGGCUCGACGAGAUGGAGAUUUUCGCCAACGCCGAGGGAAGGCCCCUGAAGUCAAUCAUCCUGUCAGCCGCAGCAGUGCCUUUCAUGGACACCUCCGCAGUGGAAGCCCUUGGGAUGAUGCUUGAGGCAUACCGCAAGCGAAAAAUCGCAUUUCUGAUUGCCCACGCCUCCGGCCAGCCGCGUCAAAUUUUGCUGCAUGUGCUGGGCGAUUACAUGCCGGAAGGCUGCCUCGCGACACCGUGGACGGUGGAGGAGUGUGUGCAGUUUCUCUUGAAGCAGAACCAAGAGAACAUGCAGGUGCCAGAGAGGUCUUUCGACUCCUCGCCGGCGCUGUCUGCCAUGCUCUCGCCACAGGUCCAAGGCAUUCCCCGAAUCACCUCAUUUCCACAGCAUCUGGCCGUGGACGAGGAAGAUGACCAGUUUGCCGACGCAGAAGAAGAUGGCAGGCGCUUGCAAGUUCGACCGCUUCACACCUCUGCCAGCUUCGCCUCGAGCUCAAACCUGUUAUCCGUGCCCAUGAAGCCAUGA